AAAAGCGUCCCUUGUCUUUGCUGGCAUCAGUGCAUGAUAGCAAAGUUUGCAUCCGUCGCCGAAUCAACGGACUUUGUAACACUCAGCCGCUUUGCCGUGUUCCCGAAAGGCUGCAGUUCCAGACUCAAGGUCUCCUCUCCUCUCAAGUCCAUUUGUUUACUCGACAACGCACCAGCGGCUUGCCAAGUGAUACAUACAGACGACGAUCAGUACAUUUGCAGGCCCAAGGUGCGUUGCGCAGGUGAAGAAAGCAGACUUGAAGUAAGGUCGGGGAUCUGCGACCCUGCAGAACCACCGGCUCUGGCAUAUAUUGCUCGCCGUCAGCGGCUGCUGGCGCUAUGAUUCCCGUUAAGGAAGAUCCGGCGGCGACUGCCAUGAUGCGGGCGCUGCGCAGCCAGCCAGUGCCGGCCCCGGGCGAGGUGCUGCGGCUGGAUGGGGGCGCAGACUUCGUGAUGCACCUCCGGCUUCGCGGGCUGUAUAUUCGCGACUGCUACAAGCAGCUCGCCGACCUGAUGCUGACGGAGCCACCGUUGGACUACAUCCUGACGGGCACGCCGGGCACGGGCAAGUCGCUCCUCAUCUACUACUUCCUGGGGCGGCUGCUGCACCUGCCGCAGCCGCCGCCAUUCAUCGUGUGGCAGCACGUGUUCAAGCACAACAGAAGGUACUGCUACGACGUCAAGACCGGUGAGGUGCGGGUCGGUGGGCUGGACCGCUUCGAGGAGGUGGAGCUUGCCAACCCCGACACAUGGUACAUCACCGACGGUGUGCCGCCGGACGUCGGUGUCAGGGCGCGCAUCCUGCUCAUCACUCCGCCAAAGAGAGAGACGUACAAGGAGAUGGAGAAGGCGAGCGCGGUGAAGCUGUUCAUGCCGCUCUGGUCGCUGGAGGAGCUGCAGGACUGUCGAAGCAAGGUCGGCAUCCCCGUGCCGGAGGCCCUCGUCACAAAAUUCUUCGAGUACUGCGGCGGAGUGGCUCUGUACUCGCUGGAGCAGCAACGACCGGCCACCAACAAGACCUUUGACGCGCUGCUGGACAACCUGCGCGGGGCAGUGAAUGCCUGCAACGUGGCGCAGGUGCGUGCGGCAAUUGAAGGUGCCGGUGCGCGGGACAUGGGGCCGGAGUCCAUCCACCGCGUGAUCCACAUCACGACGGACGCCAGCUACAGCAGGCGGCAGCUCGUGUUCGCGAGUCCCUGGGUGGCGGAGCGGUUCGUGGGCACGGCGCUGAUGAACGGGGACGAGCGGGGCCUCGUGAGCCUGGUGAACAGCACCACAGGCUCUCUCCGCGGAAUGCUGCACGAGGCGUGGAUGCACAUGCUGCUGCCCAAGGGUGGGGGCUUGAUCGUGACGCCGGUCGACUUCCCUGACGGCAUGGAGGAACUGCAGCGGGGACCGGAGCAGCGGCUGAAGUUGCCCAAGUGCAAAGGCGUGGCGCUCUUUGAGGACGUGGCAGAGAUUGCCGGCGAGCGCUGCUGUGAGGGCGUGUACUACAGGCCCAGCAGCAGCCCCGCGUUCCCACUGGUGGACUCGCUCCUGUGUGCGGGCGGCGCCGUGUACCUGUUUCACAUGACCGUGGGCGACAGCAAGAUUGUGGACUUCGCCGCGCUCGAAGAGCUGCUCCGCAAGCUGAGCCUCGCAUCGCAGCCCGAGCCGCGCCUGAUCUUUGUGGUGCCCGAGGACGUCUACCUAACCUUCAAGCUGUCUGGCAAAGUCGGCGACGAGGACGACAAGGGGCAGGCGGCCGUCGUGGAGGGCGGGUGGACGCAGGCCACGGCGGAGGCCCCGGCGGCGGCUUCUGCCAAGGGCCAGCCCAGCAAGGCCCUGGCGGCGGCUUCUGCCAAGGGCCGGCCGCGGAGGGCCCAGGCCCCCGCGCUGGCCCCAGCCCCCGCGCCAGUCCCAGCCCCCGCCGUGGCCCGCCCCAAGCUGUACAUAAUGAAAGUGCCGCUCGCUACGCGCACAAAACCCAACGUGCGCGCGGCGGUGUUCACACAGCGCGGUCGCCCCGCGGCGCGCAUGCUCGGCGGCCUGCAGUGGUGAAUCAUCGGGCGCUGGCGCCGAAGCAAGUGGAGCUGGCUGCUGUGCGGCGGUGGAGCGCGCCACUACUGGUGUCGGUAGUGUGGGGGGGGGGCGUCGUACAUGACUAGUCUAUUAGGAUGGGGCCUGCCGGUGGCCAUGUUGCUUGCGAUGGAGGCGGCUGGUGUGUUGUGGAUGGGGCUGCACUGGGUCGGUCAGGCGGCUCGUGCGGAGGGGCAACAACGUGAACCGCCCUCGCGGCCUCUCCGGCAGCGCGCGUCAUGUCGGCAACACUGUACCCGGGCACACAGCUCUUGUAGGGUAUUGACGAUGCUAUAAGAAACUUAAUGCAAACGGCGUGUAGGUGUGUGGAUUGUGGUGGCCGAGCCUUUGGGUGCAUGGGUGGCUGCGGGAGUAGUGGCGUCAUUGUGGCCGCAGGCUCUUACAGCCCUGACCGUGUGGGGUGGAAGGGCUGCUGCUAACAUGCUGCUGAUCCCGAUCCCGAUGUUUGGAUGACGCGAUUGGCCGUGGCUGUGGCGGCGCUGAGUCCACUCCACUGUGUCUCUUGGCCCGCCGUGCCUUCUGGUCGCGCUGGUGUUGUACGGUGUGUUUGAGCCUAGUUUGAGAGAUGCGUGCAAGCUGGCAACAUGGUGUAAUCGCUCCACGUGGCUGUUGACUGUUGGCAGUAGCUAGGCGGCAGCGACAGGCGAUCGAAAAGGGACGAGCCACCAUCUGCGCGUACACUGAUGUGGGUGGCGCUUGAGUUGUGAGUGGUUCGGGCAUGCCGCUGGCCGCACAUGCGCAAAACGUGGUGGGUUUCGCAUUGCAUCAGCCAUCUAGUAGACAAAUGCAGGAGGCUUGGCACGCCUCUCUUCGGGCCGACGGCGGGAUGGAUGGCGCAUGCAAAGCACCUAGCAGCACGGGGCCUGGCGGCGUGGCUUAGGAGCGGGCGUAUGCAUGGGCCCCCUUGUUGGAUGGAUUACUGUGUGUGUGUGCGUGUGUGUGUGUGUGUGUGUGUGUGUGUGUGUGUGUGUGUGUGUGUGUGUGUGUGUGUGUAACUAAGAUUUACAUGGCGGUGCUGGCGCAAACCAAUGCGGCGGUGGAGGGCACCAUCACCCGGCAGCAACUGUGGCUAGCGAAGCCGCCACACGGCGUGCAGCAAGCGGUGUGGGAUCACUGGGAUGUGGUCGUGCUUGCGGCCUGUCUGCUAUUGAGCGUGCCCGGACGCAGUUGAGGGCUGUGACCAAUGCAGGGCCGCAAGUAAGGGGGAGCCGAGGGAUCACAGCAACAGGAGGAUGUCCCCAGACCGCUGGAGUUCGCCGAGGCGGAAGUGGUGGCCGGGUUUGGGAGGAGGCUGCUGCGUGACUUUGCAGGACUAUGUAGGGGUGCCACGGAAGGGAUGGCGUGAGGUUGGUCUGGAGCACCCACUGCUAGCCGUGCAAGGCGGUUCGCAUCAAGGCACUGCAAUCAACCAGCUUAGAUUGUGCGGGCAAUGAGGAGGCAGAGUAGAGACUCCCGCAGGCUCUGAACCACUCGGAGCCGCUGAAACAAAGCGGUAGUGUAACCUGAGGACCGUGCGCGUGUGGCAGGGAGCGGGUGCGUCUCGCGUCCAGGCGCUGCGUGCUAGCGCUUGUCUGACUUCUUUGCGGCUUCUCUGUCGAGGCGGUAGUUGUGGCUGUGCUUGAAAGGGGUUUCGUGCGGCGGCGUUUUAGCCCAGCUAUCUAGGUAUGGGGUCGAAGGUUUGCGAACUCGCCGGCUGUGUCUCAGCCCACUUUUCCCAUGCAUGGGAAGAUGUCUUGUCGAUGUGUGGCAGUUGGAGGUGCGGCGAGGAGCGCAUUCAGAUGGCGUCUAAAGUCACUUCAUUGGUGUGAUGUCUGGAUGUGCGCUGAGCGAGCUGUUUCCUUACAGCCAGUACCUGCUCAGGGAGAGCACGAGCAGCAGGAGGCUUCUCGUGAUCACGGCUAGUCCAGGAGUCUGGAGACUGCCGCCGUAGUAGGCUUUGGUUUUGGGUACCCUGUGCGAGGCAAGGCGCUCUCGCCAGUCCUAGAGUGACUGGUAGGCUGCGGCGGCCAUGUGCUGGGCCCAAGUCAGAGGCAGACCCGCAGUUGUAACGAACGAAUCUC